GAUUUCGAGAAAUCGAACUAUGCGAUAGAGGCCUAGAUCGGCCUAGAUCGCCUAGAUAAAUUUGAUGGGUAGUUGAGUGGUGAAAAUGAGGUACCAGAUUCAGUACUUACAUAAAUACAGGCAAGUCUGCCAACAUCUGAAGAUACCCUGCACAAAUAACUAUUCCACUGAGGUGAACUCUGAAACAAAGCCUGAACCAAAGUCAUGGAGGAAACGUUGGGAUCAGAAAGAGGGAGAAUGGUACAGCAGGUUCAAGCUCUUUGCACCUGAGAAAGGUGAAAGCCCUGAUGUGGUAAGGGCUCUACAGAGCACAUCAAACUUUAGUAUAAAAGCAGUUCGCAAGUGGAUACAAAAAUCCAAGAGAGAAGCUGAAAUACUGGACAUGAGGUAUAUACCAGAACGUCAUCAAAUAUUGGGUAGUGAUCUAGCAGCUGCUCACUUCUUAGUUCAUAGAGGUGCUGCUGUGAGAUUCGUAGGCUCCUCGGAGUGGAUAAAACGACAUGAAGAUCAAUACGAUCUUCCAGAUAGAUAUAACCGUGACUAUGCAAUAGAGGCUAUUGAUGUGUUAGACAUGAAACUGUAUUAUGAAGGUUUCCAGAACAUGACCAAUUUAAGAAGUUUACGGUGGCUUAGCCUACGAAACUGUCUUCAGAUUGAUGAUUGGUGUCUCGAUAGAAUUAGUAGUGAAUAUGAGUCGUCUUUGGAAUAUCUGGAUAUUAGCAACUGUACGCGGGUAACAGAUCGUGGGAUUUGUGCAUUGUAUCGAAUGAACAAACUCCGUACACUCAAGGUACACAAUAUUGCAGAUAGUCAGCUGUUCCAACUUGCUUGCUUGAUGCUGGAAGACAUCAAUCCUCAAUUGAAUACUGAAGGUGUUAAGUAUUUAGAUAUAGGAAAUUGAGGUGAUUUCUUACAAGAAAAUUAUGAGCAGUUGUAACUAGUUACAUAGUGUGACCAUGCGAGAACUUCCCAAAAAUCAGUUUGCCUCUCAGGCAGAAGAGACUGGUGCUCCAUGUGUCAACUCAUGUCACAGAUUUGAACUGGUAACGGACUCUGCAAACCAAGAGCCUAAACACAUUACAAUUUCUCUUCAAUAUUAACCGAAUAAAUCACUGAACAGGUGUCAUAAGCACCACCUCUCUUCCACCUGAGCAGCUGAACAUUUAGGAAGCACUGAGAUGGUUGGACUUGAUAAAGUUGUAUUUCUUGUCAGGUGGAAAUAAGCUGGCACUGGAACUGUACUUACCCAGAUGUGUUCCUGAGGAAAAUAGCUGUUUAGUUAUCUGAACUUUUUAUCAUCCAGUAUUGACAGUAGGUAUCCUGUGUGGCCUAGAAUUCUAGUGGAAAACAUCUGUAAAUGGAACUUUUAUGUUAAUAAUAAAGUAACAUGCGUAGUAUUCAA